CUUCCCUUCCCUUCCCUUCCAGCCCUCCGGAUUUGGGAUCUUACCUGCUCGCUUUGGGAAUUAUUAUUAUAUAUAUAUAUUUUUUUUUUUCCAUCGAUCCCUCUUUUUUUAUUUUUUAAAUUUUUAUUUUAUUCUAUUUUAAUUUUUUUUUUUUUUUUGCACACGUGGAGGAGCGCGUGGAUUUCCUAACAUGAUCUUGGCAAACGCCUUCUGCAUCGUCCUCUUCCUAGACGAGAUGCUGCGCUGCCUGGCCGCCCCCCCGGGCCCGGCGGGGCAGGACCCCCGCGGGUGGAGGGUGCCCGUGGACUGCGUGAGGGCCAACGAGCUGUGCGCGGGCGAGCCCAGCUGCAGCUCCCGCUACCGCACCCUGCGCCAGUGCCUGGCCGGGCGCGACAGGAACACCAUGCUGGCCAACAAGGAGUGCCAGGCGGCCCUGGAGGUGCUGCAGGAGAGCCCCCUCUACGACUGCCGCUGCAAGAGGGGCAUGAAGAAGGAGCUUCAGUGCCUUCAGAUCUACUGGAGUAUACACCUGGGGCUGACCGAAGGAGAAGAAUUUUAUGAAGCUUCCCCCUACGAGCCGGUCACCUCUCGUCUCUCUGAUAUAUUCAGGCUUGCUUCAAUUUUCUCAGGAAUGGACCCCGCCGCCACCUCCAAGAGCAACCACUGCCUGGACGCGGCCAAGGCCUGCAACCUGAACGACAACUGCAAGCGGCUGCGCUCGGGGUACAUCUCCACCUGCAGCCGGGAGCUGGCGGGCUCCGAGCCCUGCAACCGCCGCAAGUGCCACAAGGCCCUGCGCCAGUUCUUCGACCGCGUGCCCGGCGAGUUCACCUUCCGCCUGCUCUUCUGCUCCUGCAAGGACCGCGCCUGCGCCGAGCGCCGCCGCCAGACCAUCGUCCCCUCCUGCUCCUACGAGGACAAGGAGAAGCCCAACUGCCUGGACCUGCGGAGCACCUGCCGGGCGGAUCACCUGUGCAGGUCCCGUCUGGCCGAUUUCCACACCAACUGCCAGGCCACCUUCCAGUCCCUGACCAGCUGCCCUGGGGACAACUACCAGGCGUGCCUGGGCUCCUACGCAGGGCUCAUCGGCUUCGACAUGACCCCCAACUACGUCGAUGCCAGCACCACCAGCAUCACCAUCUCGCCCUGGUGCUCCUGCAAAGGCAGUGGGAACAUGGAAGAGGAGUGCGAGAAGUUCCUGCGGGACUUCACGGAAAACCCCUGUCUCCGAAACGCCAUCCAGGCCUUUGGCAACGGGAGCGACGUGAACGUGGCCCCCAAAAACCCCUCUCCCCCCGUCACGGCCCCUCCCAAGCCGGAGAAGAGCCCGGCCCUGCCCGACGAUGUCAACGACAGCAACACCAUGUACGACACGGGCGUCAUCACCACCUGCACCUCCGUCCAGGAACAAGGACUGAAGCCAAACAAGUCCAAAGAGCAGAGCCUGUGCUACUCAGAGACCCAGCUGACCACGGACACGAUGCCAGAACAGAAGACCUUCGUGGACCAGAAGGCGGGCUGCAGCCGGCAGCGGAUCCCGCUCCUCGUGCUCCUCGUGCCCAUCCUGCUGCUGGGAUUAUAGAGGGGCGGCCGGCGGGAUGGGGACGCUCCCACCAGUGCCCACCAGUGCCCACCAGUGCCCUGCUGGCACUCAGCCUCACCCCCAGCUCCUGCUGAGGCCACGGGGGGGCCGGGAC